GUGCCCGCGCCGGGCUAGUUCUGGCACGGUCCGCUGCCCACUCCUGACACCUGCCCGAGCGGGGCGGGGGGUGGUGCUGAGGGUCAUAGAAGAGGAGGCGGCAGCGGCGGAGCUGCUUCUGCCCUCAGUGCUGCGGAGCCUGGAGUGGGCGUCGGUGUGUGCGGGUCUCGGGCUGCCGCUCGGAGCCCCGCAGCCGGGACCGCUCUCGCUGCCUGGCGGGGACCAGUGUUGUGGCCGCCCCCUUGACUCUCCUUUCCAAACGCCGCGUGUUUUGCUUCCAGAGCGUUUCUCGUCCUGGUGUACCUGCCUGAAGAAAUGACUACCCAGUACAGCAUUCUCUUCAAGCAAGAGCAAGCUCAUGAUGAUGCCAUCUGGUCAGUUGCAUGGGGAAAGAAUAAGAAAGAUGGUUCUGAAACAGUAAUCUCAGGGUCCUUAGAUGAUUUAGUGAAAGUCUGGAAAUGGAAUGAUGAAAAAUUAGACCUACAGUGGACUUUAGAGGGUCAUCAACUGGGUGUGGUGUCCGUGGAUAUCAGCCACACUGGUUCCAUUGCAGCAUCCAGUUCCCUCGAUGCUCAUAUUCGCCUUUGGGAUUUAGAAACUGGCAAACAAAUCAAGUCAAUAGAUGCUGGUCCUGUUGAUGCCUGGUCCUUGGCUUUUUCACCAGACUCCCAAUAUCUUGCAACAGGAAGUCAUGUGGGAAAAGUAAAUAUUUUUGGUGUUGAGACUGGAAAAAAAGAAUACUCCCUGGACACUAGAGGAAAAUUCAUCCUUAGCAUUGCAUAUAGUCCAGAUGGAAAAUAUUUAGCGAGUGGAGCAAUAGAUGGCAUUAUCAAUAUUUUUGAUAUUGCAACUGGAAAACUUCUGCACACGCUAGAAGGCCAUGCAAUGCCCAUUCGCUCACUGACAUUUUCUCCAGAUUCCCAGCUACUUGUCACAGCUUCAGAUGAUGGAUAUAUCAAAAUUUAUGAUGUGCAGCAUGCAAACUUGGCAGGGACUCUAAGUGGUCAUGGAUCCUGGGUAUUAAAUGUGGCAUUUUGUCCUGAUGAUACCCAUUUCGUUUCCAGUUCAUCUGACAAAAGUGUAAAAGUUUGGGAUGCUGGAACAAGGACCUGUGUUCACACUUUCUUUGACCAUCAGGAUCAGGUCUGGGGCGUGAAAUACAAUGGAAAUGGUUCCAAAAUCGUAUCUGUUGGAGAUGACCAAGAAAUCCAUAUAUAUGACUGUCCAAUUUAAAUACCCUGAAGCAAUCCUGGCUGCCAACUGUAAUCUACAGGUUUUCAGAAAUACUGAUUGCACUUCUCGUGUUGCCACUUAAAUGCUUCUUAUUUUGUUAAUGUGAUAACAACAUUUUAAUAACACUUUUCUGAAUCUUGGACUCUGACAUCAACAGAAAAAUCAACAUACUCAUACCAUUUAUAUGUAUUUUUGUCUUAGGUUUGGCAUGAAAGAAUUUAAAUUUUUAAAUGAAAUAACUAUUGUAGCUACAAAAUACUUUGUCUCAAAUGCAGACACUGGAACAGUAUGUAUUUGGAAAUAUAUACUUGUGUGUAGUAUCUGCUCACUUAAGCUACCUGCAUAUCUUUUUUUUCCUCUGAACUAUAUAAAUAGAUUUGAGUCUGAAAUUGUU